AUGAAGCUGCCUUUGCACCCCUUCUUUAGGUACAUCCUUAGGCACUAUAACCUAACCCCUACCCAACUAGUGCCAAAUCCAUGGAGCCAACUAGCAGGGGCAUUUCUUCUUUGGAAGGAGGUCACUCUUGGCGAGGACAUGCCUCUCCAUAUUUUCCAAACCCCUUUUCAGCCUCGAACCUCUAGUGGGGGGAGUAAGUGGUGGUAUUGUAUGAAACCAUGGGGCUCGCAUUCUCCUUUCAUCUGGGGAACUCCGACUAUUAAGAACUCGAAGUCUUUAUGGUUCUGGAUUAAGGGUCGCGAGCCCAUCUCCUCCGUUAAAAUUGUUGAUGUGAAGGAGAACGUCAAGGAGGAGGUGAGCCUCGUGAAGUGGAGGCAGGACAGGGAGGCUAGGAGUGUCCCCUCUGAAAGGAGGGCUCGGAACUAG